AUGUCACGCGCAGCUGGCACCUUACAAACAACCUAUAAUGCUACUUAUUACCCACCAUCGUUAAUGCCAGGAUAUCGAGGUCAUGUUCCAACUACUCAAUAUCAAUACGGUGAAACAUUUGGUAAUGCAACAGCGAAGUAUUUUCAAGACUACCGAAGUGAAGCGCUCAACUCAUCGAAAAGCCUUUAUGCGCGAGGUGGCUAUUUUCCAACGCCAUACACACACCAACCUGAACUCGUUAUGAGCGAUCGUCGUCGUAGUCGUGAUCAAUAUCUUUAUAUUCCGAAAUAUUCAUUGAAUAACACAAACGUUGAUCGUACAAAUGAAAUACGCAAAUUCUAUCAACUUUCACAAGAACAUCGUGAUGCUUACACAGAUCGCAGUGGAACAUUACACCCUGUUGAACACUUUACUCUACCUGUAUCAAAUGAAAAAAUGUAUGAAGCUAAUUUACCUUAUUACUCAAUGCUACUUCGACACACUUCUGACAUCAACAUUCCGGCUGAUCGUAACUUUCCACCAGUGAAAGAGGUUGCUAAACAAUCAGAAUUUCAAUUAUUUCCUCCAAUUAGACAGAGUACAAGUUUGAAUUCACUUCAACAACAACAACAACAGCAACCCACCGGAACGAAUCCAUCGCCAACUGUCGAUUAUCUUUGUUAA